AUGAUCCUGCCAUUCCUGCUUUUCUCUUUCUGUAUAUACCAAACUCAUGAACAACAAAUAGUCCUCACCAAUACUAUCUUAUGUGGAGAAAUACCAGACAACGCUCAAUUUCAAACAAACCAGUCAGACAAAAACACUGCAAGUUUCAACCAAUCGGAUAUCAGUACUGAAAGUUUAGACCAAUCAAAAAUCAGCACUGUCAGUUUCAACCAAUCGGAGAGCCCAACGAUUCAGACCAGCCAAUCAACCAUCAGCACUGACCUAAACACAGAUUCUAAAAACCACAACAGUCAAACCAAUACCAGACCUAAUGGGACCAUUGAAGUUUCAAUCGGAACUUUUAAAACUCAUUAUUUAAUUACUGGUCUUUUUUAUGAAGUGACAAUUACGUCAUCAUCAGGAAGCGGAUUAAUUACAGGUCUAUUUAUAGUAACAAACCAGACACGAUAUGAACAAGGAAUACACUGUCCUCUUAACCUUUCUGAUAUAUCAUUCCCUUUUACGUUUCUAUGGCAACCGGACAUAGGCGUCAAGCCUGUAGAAAUAAGAUGUACUCUAGUCUAUAAUAAUGAUGUUCAAUUUGAUUUAUCUACUGUCCUCUACCCACCAACAGGUUGUGUAAAGUAUUUUACAGACCUCUAUGGUGAAGUCAGCUCUCCUAAUUUUCCGGCUCAUUAUCCCAGCAAUUUAAACUGUACCUAUAUUAUAGUGGUUGAUAAAUCUUAUAAACUUCACUUGCAGAUACAGAAAUUAAAUCUAGAGAAGACCAAUAACAUGUGUUUAGACUAUAUUACAUUGAAUUAUGAUAAUAAUACAACGGACAGGUUGUGUGAUUAUACAGAUUUAGAAUAUAAGUCAUACGACAGUAAUACCAACUGGGUUGUAAUAGAAUUUUACUCUGAUAAUUCUAUCACUAACACAGGCUUCCAGAUUGACUACACUGCUCAACAACUACAAGGUAUGGUUGGAGUUGAUUAA